AUAAAUAAAUAAAGUGCUUCUUAGUUUUAUCGUUCACUUUGUACGUAGUGGCUUUUGAAGUCUAUAAAUAUAAAAACAUCCAACCUUGUCUGUAUAAGCAAUCUCUAAUCUGAAUUUUCUUUUGAGAGAAAAGAGAGAAGAAAUAUGGAAGUUGUUGCUGAGCCUGUUAUUUCUUUCAUUAUUGAAAAAACAGGAGAUAAGCUAAUUCAAGAAGCUAUUUCCUUGAUUGGAUUGCAUGAUCAAGUCCAAUGGAUCGAAGAAAAACUGGAGUGGAUGCAGUCCUUAAAAGAUGCAGAUGCCGAACAACAAGGAGGUGAAAGAGUAAAGAAGUUGGUGCAGGACGUGCGAGACAUUGCAUACGAUAUGGAGGAUGUCAUCGACACCUUUCUUUUGAAGAUAGAACCCUUGAGGCGAGGAGGAUUCAUCGGCUCCGUCAAGAGGUGCGCUUUCAUCGUCAGUGAGUUGAUAGUUCGCCAUAAGAUCGAUUCAAAGAUCAAACAUAUAAAGCUUAAAAUCGAAGACAUCCCUAGAAGAAGGGCAACUUACGGCAUCGAAAGCAUAGGCAGGGUAGAAGGGACGAGGUGUGCAGUUCGAAGUCUCCAAGAACGGAGGCUACCUUCGCCUAAUGCUCAAGAAGCAGAUUUUGUUGGUUUUCAGAAGGACUUGGCGGCAUUGGUCGGGCAGUUGAUCAAUGAGGGAGAGCUGCGACGUUGUGUUGUUUCUGUAGUCGGAAUGGGUGGUCUGGGUAAGACUACUCUUACUCAAAAACUUUAUAACACUGAAAGUGUUAAGAAACAUUUCCAUAGUCGUGCAUGGAUUUCUGUAUCACAAGGCUAUUCUGUUAGAGAUCUUUUGCAGGCCUUCGUUAGACGCUGUAUGGAUCUCUCUGAUAAGGAGCUGAAGAAAGUGGAGAAAAUGGAUGCUGUUGAGCUAAGGGGCAAGAUUUUUGAGUAUCUGAAUUACAAGAGAUACUUGAUAGUCUUGGAUGAUAUAUGGACAACAGAAGCAUGGGAUGAUUUGAAGGAUGCAUUUCCGAAUAUGAACAAUGGCAGUAGGGUCGUACUUACCACGAGAAACAAAGAGGUAGCUUUAUAUGCAGGAAGCCAGCCCCAUGAACUGCGAUUUCUAAAUGGUGACGAUAGCUGGGAAUUGUUCUGUCAAAAAGCAUUUUCAGGAGGAGAUGGGCGUUGCCCUCAGAAUUUGGAAGAUUUAGGAAGAAAGAUUGUGGAAAAAUGCCAUCAUCUACCUCUUGCAAUCGUUGUAAUUGGAGGGCUCUUAUUAACGAAAGAAGCAUGGGAGUGGGAGAAAGUAUACAAACGCAUCAGCAGGCAAUUGGUUGAAAGACACCAGCAAAUCUCUGGAAUAUUAUCUUUAAGCUAUAAAGAUCUGCCCUAUUACAUAAAACCAUGUUUUCUCUACCUGGGCAAUUUUCCAGAGGACUACGAAUUCCAUGCCAAGAAAUUGAUUCGAAUGUGGGCUGCAGAAGGUUUUCUUGAAGAGAGAGGGGAAGAAACAUUGGAGGAGGUUGGAGAAGAUUAUCUAAUGCAAUUGAUUCAAAGAAGCAUGGUUCAAGUCACAGAAAGAAGUUCAAGUGGAGGUAUUAAAAAGUGUCGCAUCCAUGAUCUUUUGCGGGAUCUCUCCAUAUCAGAAUCUAAGGAAGGUAUGUUUCUUCAAGUUCACAGUAGGAUCAAUGCAAAUGCUCCUCCUGCAUCUAGAGCCCGUCGACUUGCCAUUCACCAUAACAACUCAAAUAACAACAUUUCCUUGAGCUGUUCCCCUCCACACCUUCGUUCUGUGUUAAUGUAUACCCAAGCCUAUAUGUGGCUUCAAAGAGAAGAACAAAAGAUUCUCUACAGACGCUUUCAGUUGCUUAGGGUGUUAUGUCUAGACAGAGUAAUAAUAAAAAAGCUACCGAGGGAAAUAGGUGAACUAAUCCACUUGAGAUACCUCGGGUGUACUGAAACUGAAUUAAAAAGUCUCCCAUCGUCCAUAGGCAAUCUUCCCAAUUUACAAACUCUAUUAGUAGAAUCCGAUUAUGUUAAUGGUAUAAAAGUACCAAGCACAAUCGGGAAGAUGCAACAGUUAAGACAUCUUCAACUGAAGAACAACGAAGAAUGGUGGCAUCGUGGGGGAGUGAUAGAAGGGCAACCAAGGCUUGAGCAGAUAAGUAACCUCCAGACUCUAUCAAAUGUGGAGGCUGGAAAAUGGAUGGAGGGCUGCUUGGGAAACCUCACCAAUCUUAGAAAAUUAGGAAUAGUUUUAGUAACAACAGCUGAUGCUGAGGUAUUCAAUGAUUCUAUUGUCAAAUUGGGCUGCCUCCACUCUCUGUCGGUUACAGUAAGAGAUGGUUGGUUAUUGGUACCUCGUAAUUCACUUCUUGUCAAGUUAAGAAGAAGCGAACAAAUCGAAACCCAAGAGUGGUCGCUACCUCCUUUUUCAAAUCUUCUCAAAUUAAGUAAGUUGUAUUUGAAAGGAAAGUUAGAGAAGUUACCCGAGUCUGCUCAAUUCCCAGUAAACCUCACCAAGCUUACCUUGAAACACUCCGGUUUAGAGCAAGACCCAUUGGCGACUUUAGAGAAGCUGGAAAAACUCCGCAUUCUCAGAUUGCUGAAAUGUUCGUACGUGGUAAAGGAAAUGGUUUGCUCUUCACAAGGGUUUCCUCAGCUUGAAUCCUUACAUCUUGACGGCUUAUUUGAAUUAGAGGAGUGGAGAGUGGAGAAAGGAGCUAUGCCAAGUCUUUUACAUUUAUAUAUCAGUCAAUGCUAUGAAUUGAAGAAGCUUCCAGAAGGACUGCAACACGUGACUACCCUCAAGAAAUUGGAGUUGCCGCGGAUGCACUAUGAAUUUGUGAAAAGGCUUGACAGGGGAGAUGGAGAGGAUUGGCAUAAGAUUCGGCACAUACCCUCCAUCGACAUACAAGAUACCCUUGAUUAUGCUUCAGAUUCUGAUGGAGAAGAUGCUGCUCCAGGUGCAGCUUGUGCUGCAGAAGAAGAGAAGAAAGAAGAGCCUGCAGAGGAAUCAGAUGACGUUGCUACGCCAGUUUUUGCUGGAGAAGCAGCUGCUCCAGCUGCAGCUUGUGCCGCAGACGAAGAGAAGGAAGAAGAGCCUGCCGAGGAAUCAGAUGACGAUUAGGAGCUUCAAUCUGUAAAAUUUUUGGAGCAUCUUUGGUAUAUAGCGAGCCUAUCAACUUAAAGUUUGGAUCUCAGAACUACUGGCCCUACUUGCAAUGCUCAUCAAGACACUCCAACUGAAUGCUGAGAAGCUAAGUGGCACGCAGAGUUGAUUGGAUGGGAUGUAGAGGACGGCUGUGAAUGAAAAUUUAUUUCUCUUUUAUGUUGUUUCUAUUGGCUUUUUCAUGUAUUAAUGGUGUGGGAUAUUUGGAUGAUCUUUUCAAACUGUAGUAUGACAAUGUGUGUACUUUGUGGGUGAUUUUAAUUUUUGGUGGUUUGAUUUGGCUACUAAUGUUCAAUACUUUAUCUAUGUUUGGAUGUAAUAUGCUCAUUCAAAGUGAAACAGUUAUUUAGAGUGUAGGCUGGGGAGGAGAUCCACAAUGCUUCACCCGGGAGUUUACAUAGGUCUAUGAUCAAAGCCGCCCAACAGGUGCAGGUGCAGGCCACAAUCCUGCCUUCCCUACCCAAAAUUCAGGUGAAAUUUGAUGGAGGUGGAGCCUUUGGCAACAACAUAGGCCGCAUGUACGUGGAAAUCUGCUUUGUUUUCCACAUAAAAAGUUGUUUGCUCCAUUAAGGAAAAAGUAUGUUAACUUUACAAGCAUGCAAUGUUGGCAUGUGUGUCGUAUUGCCUCUAUGCAUUAAUGGCCUCAUCAUUUCUUAUUAUGUCUAUUUAGUUCACCACAGACUCAACACUCAAUGAUAGCUUUUGCGGUACACAUGCCUACUUGGAAGGAAGGUCAGGACAACUCGGGGAAUAUUGGGAAACAUCAUCUUCAAGUUCAAGCACCUCUAGAACUGCUGGAGACUCUAGUUCAAUGGUGGAGGAUACAGAGGAGAAGAUCCUAGAGGAUAUAGAGAAGGAGAAGAAUAUGCCAAUCAGUUAGGAGCCCUGUCUUGUGCAAGAACUGCAUGGCCGCAAACUUCAGAUGUGGCAUGUGGCCUGGAUCAUUCUCUACUGAUUUUCUCUAAAUAUUUACUGAUUUAUUUUUUCUCAGGUGAUGGUACGCUAUUGAAUGGUGGAAGCAACAUAUAUGGUCAGUUGGGAGAGCCAUCAAAGGGUAAAAAAUGCUGCCGGUCGACAUAAGUUUUGAGCCUGUAUCUAUAUCAUCGGGUCUUGGACAUUCUUUAGUAGUGUGCCGGAUUCGUCACCUGAGGUUGCAGGAGAAGACACAAGUGUGCUUAAAUGAGGAUGGAACCGGACUUACCAACUCGGACGAUGGGAGCCAGAAAAUUUUUCAGCACCAGUCCAAAUGCUGGAAGGAGAAAGGCCAGUGCCAGCAUCUGGCAGACAUGCCCGUUCCAUUGCUCAGUUGAUGAAGCUGAGCUGCCGGCAUUGGUGGACUGCUUGACUGGCUUUGAAGUUCUGCAGGCUGUGGCAGGUUUUGAUUAUACUCCGGUCAUUAUCUCCAAUUAGCAGCAAGUGUAAAAGCUACAACAAGCUGCUUCUGUUUUUUCUUGUUUAUUCACUCAGAAAUGAAUACUUCUAAGAUUCGCAUACACUGCCAAGUAGCCUUAGCCAGCUCCAGCAUUACAUGUAACCUUUUCAAGUAAUAUUAAACAUGUGCAUGUUCCUACAA